UUCAAAAAUUUGGCACUCAAAAAACCUGCAAAAGGCAGUUCAGUUUACUUGGCAAAUUUCUCCACAGCGAACAAGGCCGUUGAUGGCAACAGAGCGGCUGUUUACUUAGAGGGCAGUUGUUUCCAUAGCAAGACGGGACCUCCAAACUGGAUGGCAGUUGAUUUGUUGGAUGUCUUCACCGUCUAUUAUGUUCUGCUGGUUAAUCGAGCUGAUUGCUGCGGUGAGCAAUAUUUCUAUUUCCAUAAACAAACUUUUAUUGAGUAA